GGCUGCUGAGUGUCGGAGCCGCUGGGUUCCCCGGGCUUCCCGUAAGCGCCAGGAAGAGCAGGGAGAAGCAGGCGCCACCCGGCAGGGCUCACCGCUUCGGGAAGCAGUCCUGGAGAGUGAGGUCCGCCCUAGGAGAUCGCUAGCCGCUGAGACCGGAGCCAGGCCGCGAGCAGGGAGCGGCGUCUCGGGGCUCCCAAAGGCUGUGCUACCGGAACGCCCAGGGGCUAGGCUGGGACGCCCGCCCUGGUCCCCGGCUGGGCCAUGUCCAGAGGCCCGGGCUCUGCCCCGUUGCCCCCGACCCCGGGGUUACGGAAACACGCUCCUCGCAGCUUCAGCUGUCUCUCGGAUCUGGAUCCGCGACCCUGCAGACCCCCGGGCUGCGACCCUCGGCUGCAGCCCAUCAUCCAGCGGCGCGCGCGCUCCCUGCCCAGCUCCCCCGAGCGCCGUGCCAAGGCUUCGGGAACUCCAGGCACUACGUGCCGAGCCGGCUGCAACCGGCAGCUCCGUGUGCGCUUCGCUGACGCGCUGGGCUUGGAGCUGACGCAGGUCAAGGUGUUCAACGCAGGGGACGACCCGUCCGUGCCGCUGCACGUGCUGUCGCGCCUUGCCAUCAACUCGGACCUGUGCUGCAGCAGCCAGGAGCUGGAGUUCAAGCUGCAGUGCCUGGUUCCCGACUUCCCCCCGCCGGUCGAAGCCCCGGGCUUUGGAGAUCGCCUGGCAAGGCAGCUGGUGUGCCUGGAACGUGUCACCUGCUCCGACCUGGGCAUCAGCGGCACAGUGCGCGUGCGCAACGUGGCCUUCGAGAAGCAGGUAGCAGUACGCUACACCUACUCUGGCUGGCGCAGCGUGCAUGAGGCCGUGGCUCGUUGGAGAGGGCCUGCUGGUGCCGAGGGUACCGAGGACAUCUUUGCCUUUGGCUUUCCCGUGCCACCUUUCCUGCUGGAGCUCGGCUCCCACGUACUCUUUGCACUGCGCUACCGCGUGGCUGGUGCUGAGUACUGGGACAACAACGAUGGUCGCGACUAUAGCCUUACUUGUCGCAGUCAUGCCCUGCACAUGCCACGCGGGGAGUGCGAAGAGAGCUGGAUCCACUUCAUCUGAGCUGCUGGCUGUGAACCUGGAGCUUCCAUGUCAGCAGAACUGCAGUCACUUCCCCGUGGGUACUGAUCUCUGAGUGGCCACCUCUCACCCCACUCUUCCUUUCAGCAGUCUGGCCUCGUUUCUUGCUGUCAGGCUCUGCACCGGUGGCCUGGCCUGUUUCCUAGUGAAUUGUCUGGAGAGCCUGGUGGC